AUGUCCGAGGCUGGCGGCUACCAGAAAGCGCUCAACCUCACGAUCAGCCUCUGCCUGAUAUACACAGUGUGCAUUGCGCUCGUCCGGAUAGUCAUACGGAAAGGCUCCUUCGGCAGCGAUGACUUUGUCAUUGCGGCUGCGACGGUCCUCACUCUUUGCAAUGCGGCCGCCAGCUAUGUUGCGCUUAGCAAAGGACUUGGCCUUCCAUGGCGGACAAUACUGAACGAAGGGACGAUAUCGUCACUUAGCGAGGCUUCGAUCGCUGGACUAGUGACGUUCAUGAUGGCUCUGUAUGUGUCCAAAUGCGCGAUGUUGUUCUUUCUGAGCCGCAUCACGAAGACGCCGCAGCAGAUCCGGCUAUUCUUCAUCUGCAAUAUCUUCACUGCGGUUAUUGGCGUCAUCUCGGUGCUUACGGCUGUGGCUGGGUGUCCGACUGCAUCCGGCUAUUACUGGGCUUUUCAUGCGAACCGACACAGUUGUCCCAGCCAAAACAUUCGGUGGCAAACCAUCACAGGUCUGGACAUCAUAACCGAGGUCCUACUUCUGGCCCUCCCGGUAUACCUAGUCUGGGGCCUGCAGAUGUCAAUGCGGAAGAAAGCUAUCAUUUUGAUAGCGUUCUAUCUCCGCCUACCAGUGCUUGGCUUUUCGAUAGGUCGCAACUACUAUACCAUGCAGCUACGGCUACCGCAGACGGAUCCGGGCCUUACGAGCGCAGUCGUAGUCGUCUGGCUGGAAGUUGAACUGGCGUACGCGCUCGCAGCAAGCACAUUGGCGGCCCUCAAAGCGUUUACGGAAAGCUUCCAGACCUGUUUUGGGCUUGGCUUUACCCGUGGCAAAGGCGACGGCAGCUACGGCAUGUCGGACGUGAGCGGCGCGUCCAGCAAGAGCGAGAAGAGUAAAGACCCUGCCUCGCUCGAGAGUGCCGCGAGUAGAAGUCGCAAUGAUUCUGUCUCUCCUUAUCUAUCGAAGGAGGAAGCCGAGGUGCAAUUGUCGCCCGCUACACCGCCGCCAAGGCUCGUCGAAGACUGCUCAUUGAAGCUGCGACCGGAGAGGGAGCUUAGGACGCUCACGCAGGUCUCGGCCGAACCGAUGUCUUCCGACCAAAACCGUCUACGGCAGGAAAGUCGGGCAGAAAGCGAAAUGUCCGGGUCAGAUGACAUGGUGAUCCUUCGGGAGACUGGCUAUGAGGUGCAGCAUGACCGAGCACCAAUGCUCUACCUGAAUCGACUGUAG